CUGCAGGCUGAUAAACUCAGCUAUGAAGCCGUACGCUCCAGCUUUCAUUCUCCUGUGGAGUGCCGUCGGGAUAGCGAGGGCUGCCAAAAUCGUCGUCGUGCCGCCAAUUAUGUUUGAAAGCCAUCUUUAUAUUUUCAAGACUCUGGCCUCAGCCUUGCAUGACCAAGGUCACCAGACAGUGUUUCUCCUCUCUGAGGGCAGAGAGAUUCCUCCAUCUAAUCACUAUAGACUUCAGCGCUACCCAGGGAUCUUUAACAGCAGCACCUCGGAUGAUUUCCUCCAGUCCAAGAUGAGGAGUAUCUUCUCGGGGAGGCUGACAGCCCUCGAACUGUUCGACAUCUUGGACCACUACACCAAGAACUGCGACAUGAUCGUCGGCAACCAAAACCUCAUGCGUGCCCUGAAACAGGAAAGAUUUGACCUGCUCCUGGUCGAUCCCAACGAGAUGUGCGGAUUUGUUAUAGCUCAUCUUCUGGGGGUUAAAUACGCCGUGUUUUCCACCGGCCUCUGGUAUCCAGCAGAAGUGGGCGCUCCGGCUCCCCUGUCCUACGUCCCCGAAUUUAACUCGCUGCUCACGGAUCACAUGAACUUCUUCGAGAGGAUUAAAAACACUGUUGUUUAUCUCAUUUCGAGGUUCGGGGUCAGCUUUUUGGUUCUGCCAAAAUACGAACGGAUAAUGCAGAAACACAAGGUUCUUCCGGAGCGGUCCAUGUACGACUUGGUCCAUGGAUCCAGCCUGUGGAUGCUUUGCACUGAUGUAGCCCUGGAGUUCCCGAGACCGACGCUUCCCAACGUCGUUUACGUGGGAGGAAUCCUCACCAAACCGGCCAGCCCUCUGCCAGAAGAUCUCCAGGCGUGGGUGAAUGGUGCUAACGAGAACGGCUUCGUGCUCGUCUCCUUCGGGGCUGGAGUGAAGUACCUGUCGGAAGACAUCGCCAACAAGUUGGCACAUGCCCUGGCCAGGCUGCCCCAGAGGGUUAUUUGGAGGUUUUCAGGGAACAAACCAAGGAAUUUAGGCAACAACACGAAGCUGAUUGAGUGGUUACCGCAGAACGACCUCCUGGGUCACUCCAACAUCAAAGCUUUCCUUAGCCAUGGAGGUUUGAACAGCAUUUUUGAAACCAUGUACCACGGGGUCCCAGUGGUGGGGAUCCCCCUUUUUGGAGACCAUUACGAUACCAUGACCCGUGUGCAGGCCAAAGGCAUGGGAAUACUGCUCAACUGGAAGACUAUGACUGAGAGUGCACUGUAUGAAGCCCUAGUAAAAGUUAUUAAUGACCCCAGCUACCGGCAGCGGGCGCAGCGGCUGUCCGAGAUCCACAAGGACCAGCCUGGCCACCCCGUGAACCGGACUGUGUACUGGAUUAACUACAUCCUCCGCCACAACGGAGCCCAACAUCUACGUGCCGCUGUUUACAGCAUCUCCCUCUUUCAGUAUUUCUUACUGGAUAUUGCCUUUGUCCUUCUAGUGGGUGCUGCCUUACUUUACUAUGUGUUGGCCAGGGCGGCCAGGUUUGUCUGCAGGCAGAGCAAAGAGCUCUGGUCGAGCGACAAACACAGCGCCGCGAACGGACACUACCAGAACGGGAUCCCCAACGGCAAGUACAGGAGGAACGGCCACAUCAAGCAUGAAAAGAAGGUGAAAUGAGCCAACAGCCCCCCCCGGUGUAAAGUAGUAACGAAUCAGAUCAGUAAUCGAAUUUUAUCGCUGUAACUUAGCCUAACAACUACUUAAAAAAAACAAAAAACAAAAAACAAAAAACAAAAACCUCGGUAAGCAGUUCUAACACUCCCCUUCGGUAUGUAAUAUUAUGUGACAAAAUUCUACGGAACUAAGAGAAGUCUUUAAAAAAAAAAAAGGGAAAAAAAAAAAAAAAGAGCGAGCAAGCAAGCAAGCACAACCUAAAAUGGAAAAUGUUUUAUUCUUAAUACUGAUGCAGAGAGGUUAUUUUGGCACUGAAGUUUUUAGAAGCCUUAAUUCUCUAAAGUUCUAUACGACGACCUUAUUUAUGAAUUUUGAGUUUUUUUUAAAAGCUCAAUGUGUGCGUCCCAAAUGAGGAGAGGUUUCUUUUUAUUUGCAGAGGUGUUCUCCUUUUAUUUUUUUAUUAUUUCAAUAUGUCCAUCCUUUUAGCUGAGAGAACUCUAGUGCUAGUUCUGUGUUUCCCUCGUUGAAGGUUCAACAUGUUGUGUAAGAACGCUGUUUAAAACAAAAAGUUUUUCCCAGUCUUUAUGCAAGAAAUAGCAAGUUGCAGACUGAAAACACAGACCUUAAAAAAAAAAAAAAGAAAUAAUCUUAAUGAGCACUGAAGAAAAAUGGCAAAAAUAUGUACUUGUUUUACUGAUAAGCUGCAUGACUCUUCUGCUCACUCCCAGUACUUCGGCGAAAAGGGUCUUGAGCAAACCUACAGUAGGUCCUGAUUUUAAUUUAGACAAAAUUUCAUUUGUUGCCUUUCUCUGCAUAAUGUAAUUUAUGCCACGAAAAUAUUAGGGAGUUCUGUUCCAGUUCAAAAAUACGGCUGGGUGGGGAGGUAGAUUUGCGUAAUUAAGAAAAACAGAUGAAACAACAACAACAA